AUGACGUUGGUCUCGGUCGCGCGCCUGCAGGGUCUUGGACUUUUGCCCACCGAGCGAGUGUCACCCCGCCAAGCGGGAACCUUCGGCCGCCCUAAAAGUUGCGGGACUGCCCCAGAGCUCUCACUCCCUCUCCCGGGCUCUCUCCCUCCAACAACAUCUCCAGAAAUCCAACUUGCACCGCUCUCUCGAACCAUGGCCGCCUUCCUUCGACAAAAGCAGACAGGCCUGCAGAACGACCUGUCUGCGUCAAUCCUGCCCGACCUCUUUGCUCCCGAUUAUCAGUCCGCAUAUGGUCUCAACUCGCAGGUUAGCUGCCUAGCCUAUGAACCGAUACAGUCGCUCCUCGCAAUCGCCACCAACGAAUCCAAGUUCGGCCCUGGCAAAAUCUUCGUCUUCGGCCAAGGCAGAGUCCACAAGGUUAUCGAGCCGCCAAGGCGCACAUCCUUUCGCUCGCUCCACUUCGCCGCCAACCGGCUCGUCUCUCUCGACGCCAAGAACGAACUGGGAAUAUGGGAUCUCGACACCGCGAAGCGCAUCGCUGGCCUCGUCUGUCCCGGUCAUGUUGCCUGCCUCCUCACGGACCCCAUGCUCGAUUGGGCCUUCCUUGGCCUGGCUACCGGAGAAGUCUUGGCUUAUGAUUUGGACAGGGAGAACAUCACGAGGUCGUUCCGACUGCCAAACUUCUGGAAGGAGAGAGACCCAACCGCACGCGUCGUUGGGCUGGUGAGCAUCGCGCUGCACCCGAGAGACAUUGGCCAGAUGCUCAUUGCGUACACGACGGGGGUUGUCAUCUACUCGUUCAAGCAGAACAAGCCGAUCAAGUUCUUCGAGUAUGUGCUACAGCCCGGUGCCCCCGGUGGAGGAGGAGAGCCACCGGACACGGUGCGUCGGCCGAGGGUGACGCAUGCCUUGUGGCACCCCACGGGCACUUUCGUCAUGACGGCACACGAUGACGGCAGCAUGGUGUUCUGGGACCCGAAGGAUGGCCGAAUCAUCACGGCCAGGACCAUAACAGAGAUGAAGGUUGACCAGCCAUCGCCGAAAGCCGGCCAUAUCGGCUACACGGAGCCAUACGCACGCAUCGCCUGGUGUUGCAAAGAAAAUCCGGAUGACACUGGGCUGCUCAUCGCCGGUGGACUCAGCCCGGAUGCUCCUCAAAGGGGGCUUACCUUCAUCGAACUUGGACAAACGCCCAUCUAUGCCACCUCCUCAUGGCAAGUUCUUCAGGACCACUUACAGGGAAAACGCCAAAUCACCUUGCCAACGCCUCCUGGUGCUCAAGUCGCCGAUUUUCUACUUAUCCCCCGUUCCUCGCCAUACUUCGCUGGCGCACAGGAUCCCAUUGCUGUAAUGACGCUCCUCUCUUCUGGCGAGCUUCUGACCAUGAGCUUUCCCUCGGGAUACCCGAUUAGCCCGACGAACCAACUGCACCCGUCCAUCUCCUUUGUUCACCCAUAUGUGAACAAGUUUGCUGUGCAAACCCUAGACCGUGGACGCUGGCUGGGCAUGGUGGAGACCAGGAACCAGGGCGAACCACUUUUGAAAGGCGGUGCCGAGGCGUCGAAGCCAAAGCGCAGAUACGAGGGUCGCACCAUCUUCCAAGUAGCCCAUGGCGACAGCACGGUGCGGUUGUGGGAUGCCGGCCAUGCUGAUGAAAUCGAGAACCCGACCAUGUUGCAAGUCGACGUCGCACGUGCGCUUGACCGCUACGAAGAUAUCGACAUCACUGCCAUGAAUAUGGCACCAAACACGGGCGAGUUCGCGGUGGGAACCCGUACCGGCGAGGUAGUCCUUUACAGAUGGGCCGGCAACAGGUUUUUCGGCAAAGACCACCACCAGGACCUCCCGCCGAACCCGGGGUCCCUGACUGAUAUAAGCUCGAGGGCAGAGCCCGGUCUCAAGGAAGGCUUGCAGCCAUGGCAUCUGUAUGAGAUGAUGCAGGGCCCCAUCUCAGCCAUCUGCGUUUCGGAUGUUGGGUUUGUAGGCAUUGGAUCGGAAGGUGGGUUUUUCAGUGUCAUCGACCUUCGAGGCCCCUCGGUCAUCUUCCAGAUAUCCAUGACGGAGUUUGCCAAGCAUGAGAAGAGAUCAUCCUUCCUCAAGGGAUCGCAUGGUAAUAACCAGGGGAAAGAGUGGCCGGUGGCUAUCGAAUUCAGCGUCAUGACGCUCGAAGGCGACAACUACUCUAGCAUCUGCUGCUUCGUGGGCACUAACCUGGGACGAGUUGCUACCUUUAAACUGCUGCCCGCUGGAAACAGCUACACUGUCAAACUUGCUGGGUUCCAGCAAUUCGACGGCAAGGUCGUGGCUCUAUGUCCUAUUCAGGCCGACUCUGGCAAGCCCGCGCACGCCACAGGACCCGUUGUUGCAGGGCUUAGGAACGGGCAACAGGUUCACGGUGUCCUUGUUGCAGUGACACAAACCGAGAUCCGAAUCUUCAAGCCUGCAAGCGCAAAGGGCGCAUCCAAAACUUUCGAUGACAUGCUGUGCGAUGCAGCAUGUGUCACGGAAUUUGAGCUUCAUGGGGUUGCCAUCGUCGGCGUAUUUGGCGACCGGACCACUCGCGCGUACUCUAUUCCCGGCCUCAAGGAGAUUGGCAAGGCUCCGCUUCCCAUGCUCGACAGCAGCCGUAGCACCUCGUCCGUAGUGACGCAGACCGGUGACAUCUUCGGCUGGACUGGGCCCAGCGAGGUUGCUGUCCUGUCUGUGUGGGGUACUGGAAAGGACCUCCCGGUCAGCGCGGAUAUUCUCAUUAACCCCGAACUUGUCACGCCCCCGCGACCCACCAUCUCGAAUAUGCAGUGGCUUUCUGGCACGCAGCAUGUCUCUCCGACCGACCUCGACCUGCUCAUCGACCCGAACCGCCCGCCCAGCAAACGGAUGGUCGCAGCCGCAGCGGCAGAAGCUAGGGCCGCGCGCACUGGUGGACAAGCCGGCCCGAGUAACACCGGUGCCGCCGGGAGCAACGAAGGUUGGGGCGACUACCUGACUAGGCAACUCAACGAGCGCACCGAGAAGCUUAACAUCAUGAGUGACAGCAUGGAUAAUUUACAGAACCAGAGCCAGGGAUGGGCAGACGAUGUGGGCAAGUUUAUGAACAAGCAGAAGAGAAAUGUUGUUCUUGGCGGCCUCAAGAGCAAGUUCUUCUAG